GAGGUUUAGUUUGGGAGAAGAUCAGAACGGACAAGUGCCCGUGGGCCUCCGUCGUGGUGGGUUGUUCCUCGUGCGCGCUCUGUGCCGUGACUUAUCCGGCGGAGGAUCACGCAGUUUUUAUUAUAAAAACUAUCAAUUAUAUAUAUUUGGGAUAUAGGAGACUAGACAAUAAGAGUAAAAUUUUUAAAAAAGUAUAAAACACUUAUAUUAAUAAUAAUAAUAAAAUUUAUAUUUUAAUAAGUAUGUAAUUAUUGAGUUGUUGGUUAAGUAAAAGAUAAUGAAGUGAUUUAAGUGUAAUUAGUAAUCGGGCAUAAAAUAUUAAGUAAAAUAGUGUGUUAGUUAUAACGACGGGGUUUUGUCCACCGGUUUUACGAGUGUGGCGUACUGGGGUUUUGUAUCGUGUACGUGUGUACUCUCUCCCUCUUUACAACAAAUUCGUCAGCUCUACUCUCAACUUGCGACUCCCACUUUAAUGCUCUUGUGUCUGUCUCUCUUGUUUGUACGCGCGCAAGAGACAGGGACACGCGUUUACCAAUAAACACCUAAAAGUUAAAUAACGCCGCGGUGGAUUUGGAUUUAAAACUUUAAAGUUUUUUUUUGUUUUUUUAAAAAUAUUUAUCAUGAUGGAGAUAUCAAAAGGAUUGCAGAAGGAAAUUGUUUUGGUGCAAAAUAAAUUGAAGAACGCCAUUUGUGAUCAUCAGAUUUGCGUGGGGAAGCUCAAGGAUGACCCGAAUAAUGUCGACAUACACGGACAAAUAAAACAAAUUCAGCUUCAGAUAGUUUCCCUCGGGCAAUGCCAGAAGCAAGUUGUUGAGCGAUUGCGCAAAGAAGUUGAGGCAUACCAGGCGCAGAAUGCAAACGGCGUUAAAGUAUCAGUGGCUUCACUUUUGGGUCUAAUCAACAAUAACAACAACAUAAACAACAAUUAUCAUGCCAACAGUAACAACAACAAUCAUAUCACACCCGAUAAUGAUCAGGCUAAAGAUGACAUUGUCCAGGUCAAGGUUCAAGCGAAUGGUUUGUCCAAACGCAGACGGUUGUCUAAAGACAAUUGUAGGAAUGGAGUCAAUAAAAAAUUACGUGCCAAAGAAACAUCAACUCCAGUAGAAACCUUGUCAAUAGAUGAUGACGUUGUUGAACUAGUAAAUGAUAAUUCAAUUGAAAAAUUGAAUGAAAAUGACAACUACAAUGACAAUGACUCGUCAACGUCGGAUAAUUGUAAACCAGAGUUACAGCAAGCUGAAUUUCUCGAUACACUUGGACUUAUCACAGCCUCAAACUUUGAUAAGUUACAGAACAAGAAAGCUGAACGAAAGCGUCGAAGUCGUGCUAAUCCGCAGUUUGUUUGUUCCAACUGGGAACUACCGACGAAAAAGAAACGGCAUUCAUAUCUACAAUCGGGCAACGCGCCUCAGACAAGACAAACGACGGCGCGACUCAAUGGCCCGUCUCCGCCACCUCCACCGUCGUCAUUACCGUCGUCGUCGACGUCAUCGAGCAAUAAAGUGACCAAGUCCCAGUCGGGUGUACCGAAAACCGUCCCAUUGACCUCCUCCCCGCCUUCCUCAUCGUCUUCCUCGCCUUGCUCGUCUUCCUUGUCGCAGUCGUCGACCUCGAAGUCACUUGUUCCCGCUCAAAAGCCCGUAGGGAAGCCAAAUAUUCUUCGUAACUUAAAUGAAACAGUUCGUGUUAGUUGCAACAAAACACUAGAAAAUGGUUGUAGCACAAGCCAAACACUCACUUCAAAUUCAAACUCCUCAAAGAGUUCACCGUCAAAGGCCAUGAAUAUACCAGGACUACCUUCGAGCUUGACUAUUGAGAAAAUAGAAAACGAUGUCGUCUGCAUAAACUGCAGGAGUCCAGGAAUUUUAUCAAUUUGUGAUAAUUGUUCUGCGAGUUAUCACCCAUCGUGCCACAUUAUUUCCCCACCACCACAGGGACAGUGUCCAAAAUGUUUUGAAAUGACUCAAGAUGAGGAACGAAUCAGUCCGAUUGUUAAAAAGUCUGAGGAAUUAGGCCCAGCAUCAACUGAAACAAGAUCUUUUGAACAAGGAGGAGAAGACACAGAAGUCAAUAAAGCGGCUAGUGGAUUUCAUAAAAUUGAUGCAACAACACCCAACUUCAACCCAAACUUCGGGGUCCAACAGUUGCCAACCUCAAUCCAGCUCAUCCCGAUCGGGUCUAGUCCCCUCGCCAGCACCAGCAUCACCCAGUCAAACCACUCGCUCUUCGCGGGUCCGCUCAAUAUCUCCAAUAACUUUAUCAGCAGCGCGGGCAACGACAAUACCGUCGCCUAUUCACCUGUCAUCAUCAACCAAUUCCCCUCUCAGCAGUCCUGCAUCGCCCCCUACAUGCAGUCAGACCCGCGGCUUGCCUACAACUACGGUAUGCCCAUCGUCAGCCCACCAGACUCCGGGCAUCAGCAUCAACACCACCAGCACCAGCAUCACCAACAGCAUCAUCACCACCAACAUCACCUCCAACAUCAGCAGCACCUCCAGCAUCAACAGCACCUCCAACAGCACCAACACCAGCACCAGCAACCACAUUCUUACCUCAUCAUUAAGAAACUAUCCGAUCCUUGUGUCGGUGGACUCGUUACCCGUUACCAAAGCCAGCCAUCAUGCCCAUCCACAAUUAGCUACAGUUUGCCAAUCCAAUCGGGACCAACAAUCGUCAGUUAUCCUAGUCAACAACCAGGGCAGCCGAUUAUCAACUACAGUAUCGGUCCAAUUGAUUCAGGAUCAUCAGCAUCACAGCAACUUCUCACAACUUCAGCAUCAGCAUCAACAUCAGGCAUCCCAAUCCCAUCAUCAGCUCAAGCAAUCUAUGAGCAACGAAUCACCGAAGGACACCAUCAAGCGAUGCUCUACGAUCAGUUCACCUCAGGCCGCAUCAUCGCCGAGUCAGCCGUGCGAAAUAGCAGGCAGCCCUCCGGGCGCGCGGUGCCCGGACUCAACCGCAUCCUACCCCUGGAACCACCGGCGUCAGCUCCCGCCGCUAAGAAUCCAAGUGCACCAGCUGGACCAGCUGAAAGAAAACGACGUAAGUAUAACGUACGUAAAGCCAGAGAUAAGAAACAAUCAGCCCGUUCCGAACCAGUGGAGACAAAGUCUGACACCAUCGACGAAACAAUUACUGCUGUCCUCCAACCAGACAAUCAACCCCCCAGUCCAGUCAACUCAAGCAAUAACCAGCCCAAUAACGUCCCCGAUAGUACUCAACCCGGAGGUCUCGGUGAUAUCAAGUCUGGGUCAAUUGUCGAGCGACUCUACCGCAGACUCACUGAAGAUCAAGUCGAAGCACCUUCAGCAUCAGCAGGUACUCUGCAAACCGGACAGUCCGACGGAGCUGAACCCUCCGAACACUUGAAAUUGGAAGAAGCGCAUCUAUCAGCGCCAUCUUCAGCAAACUUAGUAUCCCAUACUAUUAUCAUUGAUGAUAACAAACCGUCAAAGGUUUACAGUUUCUCGUUGCCAAAUAACGAUCGUCCUCAGUCCUGUCCCAGUGUCCAAGUUCCUCUUGAUGGUAAUGCUGAUGAUACUGAUAAUAAAUCAAAAUGUUUUAAGAUCGUACCCAGACAAGGACGCAGAAGUCUUGAUUCUUUGCAGGCAGAUCUCACAAAUGCCUGUCGGCGAUGGGCUGCCGGUCGUAGUGAUGAACACAACGAUUCAAAUAAACAAGUAGAAUCUGUGAAGAUCGAUAAUGUCAAGCGUGAUUUAUUUAAUCCAAGUAUUACUGAAGACACUUUGACUGCCGACGAGGGCGAUGAAAAUGAACCACCUGGUGAUAAUCAACAGCUUGAUGACAAUGAUACCGAGCCAGUCGAAGCAGAAGAUCAAGAUCCAGAAGAAGAAGAAGAGGAAGCUUCUGAUUCUCCAGAUAAUAUCGAUGACGAGGCAAUAGUCUCUUCGAUCGACAUGACCGUUCUCGAAGAUUUUGAAUCCGCAAUGCGUCAAGUUGAAGUCGAACGCGGCACUGCCGAUAGUUAAUGUGUAACCCAGGCACAAAUCCUAUAAUUUACUACCACUUAGCAAUUUAAAUUAACAGAUUCGUGCCUAAUAGUUAAUUUAAUUAUUUUAAUUAAACGGUAAUUAAUUAAUUUGUAUAUUUACCUAGAGAUUUAUUAUUUUUAUUUGGUCUCAUUUCUUAAUUACUCUGUUUCGUUACUGUAUACAUAUACUAUUUGUAUAUAUACCGACCAAAGUUAUUUACAAAAAUAAUAAUAAUUAUUAUCAAUGACAGCUCGCCAAAGAAAAUAAUAAUAAUUAUAAUUAUUAUUAGUAAAAUAAUAAUAAUGAUGAACGAGCUGACUUUGAAUUAUAGAAACACGCACAUAUCUUGUGAAUGGAAUUUAAUAAGUAAAAUAUUAUUAAAUUUAUUAUUGGAUUAAUAAAUAAUAAUAUAAGAAAUGAGAGGUAUGGAUUAAAUUACGUCGGUUUAUUAUUAAACGAUACACCACGUAAGCCAUAUAUUACCGUUACUGCCUUAAUAGUCAUUUAAUUAAAUAUUUUAAUGGUUUUAUUAUUAAUUUAUGAAUGAUAACUGAUAUUAAAAUAUCUUCAUAUGAAUUUAAAUUCGAUAUACUUUUUAAUUAAGUGUAAUUAAUAAUUAUUAUUAUUUUAUACCGAAGGGAAAUUAAAAUGAUGAUAAAAAAAAUGAUUAUAAAUAUAUGACGAUAAGAUAUUUAUGUUUGGGUAAUUUACAUGAAUGAGUGAAUAAUAAAACAAAGUAUUAAUAUGAUAUAUAAUUAUUAAGAUAAAAUAAUAAUUAUGUAAGUAAUUGUAAUAAUUGGGCAAUGGGCGUGUACAUAAGUCUGAAAUUGGUAAAGAUUUUUCGUCCUUUUAUUUAUAUUAUUUCGGGUUUUAUUUAAAUUUAAUAUUAAUUAAUAAUUUACAAUUAAUAUCGGUUUUAGUUUAUUAAUUAAUCGAUUUAUUUAUUAGUUUAUUAAUUUAUUUAUAUCGUUAUAUUUACAAAUGUCAUUUUUGUAUACUCGCUUGCGAAUGAUUCUCAAUUUAACUCAAGGAUUAUUAGAAAUUAAUGAUAUUAUGAUAAUUAAUUAUUAAUUAUUGGUUAUUGAUUAUUGAUUAUUAAUUAUUAAUUAAUAGUUGACGUUUUUUUGCUCGUUAUGUCGUUGAUUUGUUUAAGCAACUCAAGUUAUUUUAAAUAAAUAUGUUGGUAAAUUUAAUUGAUUAUU